UCUCGUAUGAUGGUGUUUGUAGGUUUAACCACGGACUAAGGGUUUGCAUCCCCUAACAUCAUCAUCGUCGGCUCGGCUCGGCUGCGCUCGGCAUCGCACGACUUGCUCGAGCAGCGGAGCAGGCGUGCUCAGCCGCCGACGGCCACCGAAUGCGAGAGCAAGACUAGAGUAGCGGCGAUCAUCACAGAGGCGACCAGAGGCAGAAAGCGGAAAGAUGGCCGCUGCGGCGAAUGUUGCGCCGGAGAACCAAUAUUUCUACGAGGAUGUUGUCUAUCGCGUGGAUAAACGGGGCAAUGUCGUCUUCGGCAUUGUCAUGGAGAACGACGAUCAGGACUUGUCUGAGGAAAGCUACGACAGCGCGGAGGACUUCGGCUCGCCGAAGCGCCAAAAGGGCGAGAUCCGCAUGAUCUGGCAUCCGUCCGGUAUCGAGGAAUUGGUCAACUGCAAGAAGGUUCACCUGGCCGACAGGACGCUUAUGCCUGGAGAUGUGGUGCGCAGGAUGAUCAAAGGGAAGGAUACGCAAAGAGGUUAUUGUAGGGACAUAGAACUGACGGCAUGUGUACAAGUCAUCGGUACAAAACAAGUUCUCACCAAUAUCAAGAGUGAAGAUUUGAUCCCACUGCAGGAAUUUGCGACAGAUAUGGCAGUCUGCAUGGAUUCAUGGGUUGGUGGCAUUAGAAUGACACAUUUUAAGUUAUGGCUGGUGACACCAGAUGGAUCACACUGUGUCAUAAACGAGAUGGAUUCUUGCGUAUUAGGACAACUGGAAGAGACGCGAGAUAACGACAAUGAUUUUCCGCAUUCGACUGAAUUCUAUCCUGGUCAGAGCCUGUGGGGGCCGGUCCACUGUCUGGAGGAGGCACAAUGGAUUCAGUGCACGAAGGAGAUGAAAGCGAAGAGGAAGUUGAAACCACAGAAGAUAACCAAAGUGAUAGUGGAAAAAGUGGAGACCGAUUGGGUCGGCGUGCACUGGCAGUGUCGAGCGUAUUCGAAGGACGGCGCUUGGUCCGAUCAGGCUCAACCAAAGUUCGUGGUCGAGGGUGAAGAUCUGAAGAAGCUGAAAUUGCUGAACGUGUUCGAGCCGUCAACGGUGCAAGUUGGCGAUCGUAAUUUCUACAUCAUUAAGGGCAAUGAGAAUGUCAUUACUCGCGAACAGUGGCGGAAGCAGCAGAGGGAUCUUUAUCAAGUUCCUAAACAAAGUCCGAAAAAGGCUCGUCCAAACAUUACAGUGACAAAGUUGCUGGAAGACAAGAAGAAAGAACAGAAGAAAGACAAAACGUCCGAUCAACGAUCGGGGGAAGAAAACAGUCAAAGCAACGUCAAAGUUAAUUUGCAGGACGCUACGAGCAAUAAUAUGUUGAUGCCGCCGCCUCAAAAUCAGCACGUUGAAAGUUCUGACGAGUGGGACACGGAAGAUACUACAGGCUCGCAAAGUGACACCGCUUCGAUCUCCAGCGGCUGUUCCAGCAUGUCAUCGAUGGGAAAGAAAAAGAAGGGUCCCGCAUUGAUGACAAAAGUGCUGAAGAAAAAGAAGUUGCGAAGAGCGAAAAAGAAAGUACCGCCUGUUCCAUUAAUUCCCGGGACUAAAAUAGUCGUAGAAACAUUAUCCACUAAUACGAAAGCUAAUGUGGUGUGGCAAGACGGCUCAGUAGAAUUUGGCAUACCGUCGACGCAGUUAUAUCCAAUUCAUCACCUGGAUGAUAAAGAAUUUUUCCCAGGUGAUUUUGUUGUAGACCAAAAGGAGGAAUCUAGAAUGUAUGGCGUAGUACAAAGUGUUGAUCAUCAAGGCCGUACUGCCAAGAUAAAAUGGUUUCGGACGUAUACUUCUAGUCAAAAUCCAGAGCCGACCUUCCUGGAGGAGCGUGAAGUGAGCGUUUAUGACCUGAAGGAUCAUCCAGACUUCCAGUAUAGGCCGGGUACCUUGGUGAUCCGAAUAGCGAAUUUCGAAGGCGAGGACGCCGGGUGCACUGCCGGUCAAGUAUUGGACAAUUAUCCGGAGGGACGCGUAAAAGUCUGGUGGGUCGGCGGUCACAUUAGUAUGUGCUGGCCGCAGGAUCUGUACAAGGUCGGCGAGUAUGAUAGCGACGAGGGUGAACUGUGGGACGACGUGUCGUCCGACUCGUCGUGGGAAACAGAACUGGAGGAUUGUUUCAUCGCCGAUAAUGACGGCACCGAGCAAACGGAAUUUGAGAACAUAAAGCCGAAGCUAGCGGCGCACAUUGAGAAAGCCAGGAUCGCGAUGUCGCGGCUGGAAGAGAUCUUUACGCAAAAUCCGUUGUUGCAGACGACGGAGGUGAUGAGGAAACUUCUCGAGGUUUACAAGGAUUGCCGUUACAUGGACAAGCUGAUGGGCACAUCGUUCUUUCACGAGUGCCACUUCCAAGGGCUUCUCGAGCGCGUGAGAGAACGCGGCAGGGCGAAUGUCGCGCAACGAAUGGCCGAUCAAGUGACGAGACUCUUUACACCCAAGUCCGAAUACCCGGAGGAUUCUACAGACAAAGAUUAUCUGAAGAAUCUGAGGAAAGGCGAUCAGUGUGCGAUCAGCGCGCCGGAGAAGCCAGCAAUUGCCGCGAUCAUUGAUACGUUAGAGACUGAUAGUUCUACUAAUAUCGAAAGCAAUAGCAAAAAGCAGAGCAGCGAGGAUCCAGUUAAUCGAUUAUUUAUACGUCCGAAUCUGAAUCCCGAGGACUCCGGAUUGUACUCGGCGGAGAACUCGAAGAAGGAGUCGGGCUCGAGCGAGUCCAGUGGAGAGUUCCUGAUGAGUGAGGACGUCAACAACGUGCCGGAGUGCUCGUCAGCGAUGAGCAACGCAAUCUCGCCCGAAAAGGCAGAGGCGAGCAAGACGAAAAGAGUGCCGACGAGCCUGGCAACAUCGCAGAACGUCGGCACGUCGCACGUGUGUGUCAAGCUGUGCAAUCUGAUAAAGGCGCAGCUCGUGCUGGCGCAUGGCGAGGUGUCGAAGAGAUUCGGCCUGGGCAAAAUGUCGUUGUCGGACGCGGAGAAGACCUCGCCGCGGAAAAAGCAGAAAGGCGAGGAAGCGGAGCGCUCCGAGACGGUGGCGGAUCCGUCCGAGUGCCCCGUCGAGAUUCCGCUGGUUUACGCCGAGGGCGAGGGCUUCUCCAUCGAAGAGACCGCGCCCGACUGCCACAAAUUUAAGCUAACCAUGUUCCAGCCUACCGAUCCGACCAACUUCUUCAGGACAGUCUCCAAGGAGUUAAAACUGCUGAAAAGCUCGCUGCCGGCAGGCGUGUGGGUGAAAGGAUUCGAGGACCGCAUAGAUCUGUAUUCGGUGAUGCUGCGCGGUCCCGAGAAAACGCCUUACGAAGACGGCCUCUUCCUCUUCGACUUUCAACUGUCCGCCGAUUAUCCAGCCGCGCCGCCACUUUGCCACUACAUCUCUUACUGCAGCGACCGGCUGAAUCCCAACCUCUACGAGGACGGGAAGGUGUGCGUGAGCUUGCUGGGCACCUGGUCCGGUCGCGGAACGGAAGUAUGGACGAACUCGUCGACUCUGCUGCAAGUGAUCGUCUCGAUACAGGGCCUGAUCCUCGUGAGCGAGCCGUACUUCAACGAGGCCGGCUUCGAAAAGCAGAAGGGCUCGCAGCAGGGGCGCGAAAAUUCGCGGAUGUACAACGAGAUGGUGGUGCUGAAGCUGGUGCAAGCGCAGACAAAAUUGCUGCUAAACCCGCCACUCGUGUUUAAGGACAUUAUUAUCGCGCACUUCAAGAAACACGCCGAGAAAUUACUGCAGAGGGUGGAACUGUGGAUGGAGAUAUCCGAGCAGCAUAACAAUCAGCACCCAUUGUCCCCGGUCACUCCUACCACGUUUAAAGAGAUUGCCGAUAUCGAUGAGAGGGUGUUGCCUGAAUUUCCGCUCAUCCCAGCGUCUCGAGGUUUCUGCAUAACUCUACGCAAGACCUUAGCAACGUUCAAAAAGGUGCUCGUUAAAGAAAAUAUAAUACAGAGACCGAGUGAAUGGCCAGACAAUGAAAGCGUCAUGGAGUUAUCGAACAGUACUGGAGAUCAGUGCCAAGAAACGUCCAAAUCAGUCGACAGUAAAAUAGCAGAAUGCAAUGAGAACAGCAGCAGUAGCAGUAGUACGCAGGAUACUAAUGAGAAAUCGACUUUAGACGGCAAUCAAUCUGUUAAAGAAGCGACGUCAUCCUGCGCAACGAAUAGUUUCGCGGCGACGCUGAGCGAAACAAAAAAAAGCCCUUCGAGCCAAAACACCAGCUAGCCACAAGGUAAAAGUAAGCAUAAAUCGAAACGUUUAGCUCAUUUAAAUUAUACGACUAUUCGGUAAUAUAUAUUCCAAUAUUGUAUGGUAUUUCUCGAAUCAUAGAUACAAAUACUGAUACACUACCACAUCACCCACAAACACACACACACACACACACACACACACACACACACACACACACACACACACACACACACACACACACACACAAACAUACAUACAUACACACGAAAUUCUGUAAUCCUAUCGAGAUGAGCUAUACAAUUGUCGAAUUAAAAUGUUCGGCAUUGAGAUAAAAAAGAAAAAGAAAACCUAUGCUCUUUGCAUUUAGUUCUGUACUUUUAAGCGAAGAUGUUGCGUUGCCUGACAAAUAAAAAAAAAAAGUUAGCUUGAAUCUCAAUUUAGUGAACAAGAAAGAAGUGUACAUAUAUAUAUAUAUUUUUUUGUACAGAAUGAUAAAUCUGGUAAGAGGUAAAAUGGGAUUUACUAUUCUGUGAAAAAAAUAUGGCCGGAAAAUAUAAAGACCAGUAGCAAUAUGUUGAGAGCUAACGUGAAAAACUUUGCAAUAGGAUUUGAAAGAAUAAUAAUAGUAACAGUUAAUCUCUCCUGCGCAGCGCAUUUUUAUGACCGCACUUUCAGUAAAUUCAUCGAGAUCCGAGUAAAUAGAUUAUUACUCUCAUCGAAUGUAUCUUGAAGUUAUUAUAUGCCAUCCAGAUACUAUGAAUAUUCUCAAGUGAAACUAUGAGGUGACUUCAAUCGCAAGCGUAUAGAGUAUAUAGCUUAGGGGGAAAAAAAAAUUCACAUCUAGAUGGAGAUCUCUGCGACGAUAGCUAUGUCCGAUAUUACAGAUUUUCUUAGCAUAGCUUGUAUAAGAGAUUUAGAAAACAAAUGCAUUAUCCUCAUAGGCCGAUCUCCUUUUAUUGAAAUCUCUCGUACAUUCGUCGGAGAGAUGAAUUCUCCUUCCAUUCCUGUUACUUUUCGAGAUGUAUGUUGCGUGGGAGGACGGCUUUAAGUAUUCACUUGAACGUCGCCCUAAUGAUUAUUAUCAUUGUCAUCAUCAUUCAUUAUUAUUAUUGUUGUUGUUGUUGUUAUUAUUUAGUACGUUGAUUCACGGGUAUACAGUAUUCUUUAUUUAUUUAAUGUAUUUAAUUAAAAUGACGAUUUCUCUGCGUAACUUGCCUAGGACUAACGAAUUGUUUCCUGUAAAACUGUAUUUAUAUUGCUGCACAUAUUAGGAAAUAGCGGGGUCAAUAAAAAAAGAGAUGAAAAAGGCUCCCCAGGUCGAUUCAAUCGGAAUCCGUAGAGUAAAAUAUGCUGGAGUGAUAUUUAAAUUGCGCUGCGCGUGAACUUGGCGCGAGACACUACCG